CUCGUUGCUCUCGUCUACUCUCUGGCUCCUCUCUCUCUCCCUCCCUCCUCCGCCCCUUAUCAUCGUCCCCCCUCGAAGAUCUGCAGCUCUCUCUCUUUGUCCAUCAAGCUCGGCAGAACCGAUGAUGACUGACGCCCCCGACCCUCCGGCACCUUCAGCGGAUCCGGACCCGCCCUCAGAGCCGAGCCCGAGCUCACUCCUCCACCCGCGGCGCGAGGCCUUCGAGUACGGCCUCCUCCCCAUCCCCAAGCUCGUCUUCACCGACCCGAUCCAAACCCUCGCGCCCCUCAAGCAGAAGCUCGCCUCCAAGUCACCGGCUCGCCGGGUCGACUCCGCGUCGCUCGCCGACGCACUGCAGAUCUCGGCCGACCACGCAAAGCUCGUCCUUGACACCCUAUCCUCCGUGCUCCACUCCGAUUCCGAUCCCUUCGUCAGGGCCAGGGCUGACGAGGUCGAUUCGGUCGGAGCAGAUGUCCGUGAUCUCGUCCUGUUUCUGUACAUUCAGUCGUACAAGAAGUUGCUCCCGAGGCCACACAAGGAUUCAGCUUCAGUUGCAGAUGUUUGGCCUUCCACAUCGGCGUUCGACGGUUACUUAUCGGCAUUAUCGCCUUUGCAGCUAGUAAGAAGCAACAGCAGGCGCUUUAUGCCAUCUCAGGCUGAUGAAGAGGCUCAUCAGUUAUCUUAUCUACAGAAGCACUUAGCAAACAUGAUAUCCCUCUUGGCAGAGCCAUCGGAGGGGGAAGGUGAAGAAUCUCAGGUGUUGACCAUAGAACAUUUUGAGCACCUUGGAUUGUUGAUUCAAUUUGGUGAUAAAGAAUCAGAAGGAAUUCCGUUAAGCCAAGCAGCUCCCUUUUUUGCAAACUCCGAUCCAGACAUGCCUGCUGUCCCUGUCCCUGUUGCGCAAGUUCACGAUUGGCUUCUACAGAAUAUAACAACUGCUUUGGAACAUAUUUCUGAGAGAGUUUCUCCUAAAGAAAAUGGGCCAUCAAAUACCUCUGAUCAAGAUGUUGCCAUGUCUGAUGCCUCCACAACUCUGGCUAAGCCUGCAGUAAGCCCUAGGGGUCCAUGUUUCAUUGAGGGUAUCUCUAAAUCAUCUUUGGUGAAGCAAGCAUCUGAUCUUAAAGGAUCUUCUCUAAAAGUCCUGAAUUGCCAUGAUUCUGUCAUCUACAUCUUAGCACCAUUGAGAUAUGUUACAGUUUAUGGAUGCUCUGAUGCCACUAUAGUUCUUGGAGCUGUUGGAAAGGCUGUUCGAGUUGAACAUUGCGAGAGGGUUCAUGUUAUUGUAGCUGCAAAGCGAGUUUGCAUUGCCAAUUGUCGUGAGUGCAUUUUCUAUUUGGGAGUGAACCAGCAACCGCUGAUUGUUGGUGAUAAUCAUAAGCUCCAGGUGGCACCAUACAAUACAUUUUACUCUCAGUUAGAGGAACACUUGGCUGAAGCUGGCAUUGAGGUGAACAUCAACAAAUGGGAUGAACCCCUCACACAGGGAGUGGUAGAUCCACACGAUUCAAUAUCCCAUCCUGCUGGUGUUUCCGAUGCACAAGCUGAAUCAGCUGCACGUUUAGAUCCUGAUCAGUUCACAAAUUUCCUGAUCCCAAAUUGGUUAGGAGGUGAAUCCGCGGGAUCAACUAAAGACAACCCGUUUCCCUUACCAGCUGCUUAUAUGGAAUCUCAGCAAAGAAAUAGAAACAACUUAGAGGAGAUAAAGCAAGCCUUGAGGAACACGCCUCUUGUAGAAAACCGUAAACGAGAACUUUCUAGUGCCCUCCAUGUAUAUUUCAAAGACUGGUUAUAUGCUUCCGGAAAUAUUCGUCAGCUCUACUGUCUACAGGGCGAUUGACACCCAAAUCGGCUUGAGUUGUGAGGCGCCGGACGACCCUUUCCGAUUCCGGAGUUUUUCUUGUGCUAAUAUCUGCUAUUAUUACGUGCAGCGAUAUUCUUUUACCCGUCUUUGCUGCUGACUCUCCCCAACCAAUUAAAACGCAUCACCGCUGGUGUACCUGAUACCGAUACCGAUACCGAGCAGGAUUGAUUGUACUUUUGCUGAUUCUGCUGAUUUUACGGGGAGAGUGUCUGUUCUGUUGUUACUGUGUAUGCUGGCUCAGUAAAUUUUUUGCUCGACCGUCCUAAUAACCUUGUAGCAGGUUCUAAUAAUCGUUGUAGUACGAAUCUUUGAUCUCUCUGUAGUCCUUCCAUUUCGCUCUUUUUUUCAUUUUCACCCUCCGUCCGAUAAUUUGACUCAA